ACUAACUGACAUUCCUCUCAAACCCCGGCAGCAGCAGGGGAAUACCGACGGUGCGUAAAGUGCAGCCGUUAACGCCACGUCGACUUAAACGAGCAGAAAAACAGUUGUUUCUUGUUUAUUUUUCCUCCUCCACUGGUUUGUACCCGAGUUUUUUUUUUCACGCCGUGAACAAUGUUGGACCCGUCCUCCAGCGAAGACACCGGCGGGGAGUCCGACCCAGAAGUUGUCCAGGAGCCUCCGAGGAAAGCGGCUGGCUCCUCGGUGGGGAAACGGGGCAAAGAGAACAACAGCCGGGCGGGCGGCCAGAAGCGUCAGCCCGCCGCACCUGGAGCUGCCCCCGGCAAAGGUGACAAAGACAGCAGCGCUACAGGUGAAGAGGAGGAGAUGAAGGAGAGAGAGAGGAUCCAGAAGGAGGAGGAAGAGAGGAAAAUUAAACUGCAGAUUUAUGUCUUCGUCCUGCGGUGCAUAGCCUACCCGUUCAACGCCAAGCAGCCCACCGACAUGGCCCGGAGACAGCAGAAGGUGAACAAGCAGCAGCUGCAGGCGGUAAAAGAUCGUUUUCUGGCCUUCCUCAACGGGGAGACUCAGAUCGUGGCAGAUGAAGCUUUCUGCAAUGCAGUGAAGAGCUACUAUGAGGGCUUCCUGAAGAGCGAGCGAGUUUCUCGGAUGGUCCAGAGCGGCGGUUGCUCAGCCAAUGACUUUCGAGAAGUCUUCAAGAAGAACAUCGAGCGGCGUGUCCGCAGCCUCCCGGAGAUCGAUGGCCUGAGCAAAGAGACGGUCCUCAGCUCCUGGAUUGCCAAGUAUGAUGCCAUCUACAGGGGAGAUGAGGACAUGCGGCGACAGCCUCAGCGGGCUCACCUGAGCGCCGUUUCAGAGCUCAUCCUGAGUAAGGAGCAGCUGUACGAGAUGUUCCAGCAGAUCCUGGGCAUACGGAAGUUUGAACACCAGUUGCUGUACAACGCCUGCCAGCUGGAUAACGUGGAUGAACAGGCGGCUCAGAUCCGAAGAGAGCUGGACGGGAGGUUACAGCUGGCUGAGAAGAUUUCAAGAGAGAGAAGAUACCCAAAGUUUGUCUCCGCGGACAUGGAGCCCCUUUAUGUAGAGGAGCUGCGAUCAUCGGUUAACCUGCUCAUGGCCAACCUGGAGAGUCUGCCUGUGUCUAAAGGAGGUCCAGACUUUAAACAGAAACUCAAACGCUCCUCCAUGAAUAACUCCUUCUUAGACAUGGGAGACGAGGGAGACAUCCUGUCCAAGUCUGACGUUGUGCUGUCUUUCACUCUGGAGAUUGUGAUCAUGGAGGUCCAGGGUCUGAAGUCUGUGGCUCCAAACCGGAUCGUUUACUGUACCAUGGAGGUGGAGGGAGGAGAGAAGCUGCAGACAGACCAGGCUGAGGCCUCCAGACCACAGUGGGGGACUCAGGGGGACUUCACCACAACCCAUCCUCUGCCCUCGGUCAAAGUGAAGCUGUUCACAGAAAGUACCGGAGUCUUGGCUCUGGAGGACAAGGAGCUGGGCCGGGUGAUCCUGAAUCCAACCACAAACAGUCCAAAGCAGGCUGAGUUUCACCGGAUGGUCGUCCCUAAAAACAGCCAGGACUCUGAGCUGAAGAUCAAACUUGCCGUCCGCAUGGAUAAGCCGCCAAACAUGAAGCACAGUGGGUAUUUGUACGCUCUGGGACAGAGAGUGUGGAAACGCUGGAAAAAACGGUAUUUUGUCCUCGUUCAGGUGAGUCAGUACACGUUCGCCAUGUGCAGCUACAGAGAGAAGAAGGCCGAGCCGGUGGAGCUGAUGCAGCUGGAGGGUUACACAGUGGACUACUGCGACCCUCAGCCAGGUCUGCAGGGAGGUCGGGUGUUCUUCAACGCGGUGAGGGAGGGCGACCUGGUGAUGUUUGCCUGUGACGACGAGCAGGACCGGAUGCUGUGGGUCCAGGCCAUGUACCGAGCCACGGGACAGUCGUACAAACCGGUGCCUCCACCGCAGAACAAAACUACAAACUGCAGAGGAGGACUACAGAAACCAGCAUCCCCCAUCAGUCUUGGUCCCUCUCAACGCCAGGGCGUUGAAGAGCUGAUCUCCACAAGUCCGUCUCGCUUCGACCACGCCGCUCUGUUCACCAUUCUACAGAAAAGCACUCUGCAGCACCGCAUGAAUGACUCCUUCUCCUGCCUGGGUUGGUUCAGUCCCGGUCAAGUGUUCGUUCUGGACGAGUACUGUGCUCGGUAUGGCGUUCGAGGCUGCCACCGCCACCUGAGCUACCUGAAGGAUCUGAUGGAUUACUCAGAGAACAACGCGCUGGUCGACCCCACGCUGCUGCACUACAGCUACGCCUUCUGCGCCUCCCACGUCCAUGGAAACAGGCCCGAUGGGAUGGGGACGGUGACCAUGGAGGAGAAAGAUAACUUUGAGGCCAUCAGGAGUCGACUCAUGGCUCUGCUGGAGAACCAGCUCACGCAUUUUAGGUACUGCUUUCCCUUUGGACGACCAGAUGGGGCCCUGAAGGCAACGCUCUCUUUGCAGGAACGGGUUUUGAUGAAGGACAUUACAACACCCGUCCCUCCAGAGGAGAUGAAGAAAAUGGUGCAGAAGUGUCUGGAAAAAGCAGCAAAAAUCAACUACAGCCAGCUGAUGGAGUAUGCUCAGAUCAAAGUGGAUGCUCAGGCUGCACCUGAGAAGCGUCUGGAAGACAUGAUGCGACUGGGAGAGCUGUGCAUCGAAGUCCUGCAGCAGAACGAGGAACAUCACUCUGAGGGGAGAGAGGCUUUCUCAUGGUGGCCCGAUCUGAUGGCCGAACACGCCGAGACGUUUCUGUCCCUGUACAAAGCCGACAUGGACGGCGCUCUGCAGGUCCAGCCUGUGGACUCAUGGGACAGCUUCCCUUUAUUCCAGCUCCACAACAACUUCCUGAGGACUGACCCUCACCUGUGCAAUGGGCCGUUCCACAAACACCUUCAGGAUCUGUAUGUCCCCCUGGUGGUCCGCUACAUCGACCUGAUGGAGUCGUCCAUCGCUCAGUCCAUCCACCGUGGCUUCGAGCAGGAGACCUGGCAGUCUGUCAAUAACGGCUCAGCCACCUCAGAAGAUUUGUUUUGGAAGUUGGACGCUCUGCAGAUGUUCGUGUUGGACCUCCACUGGCCAGAGCCAGAGUUCGCCAAACACCUGGAGCAGAGACUCAAACUGAUGGCGAGUGACAUGAUGGAGGCCUGCGUUAAAAGAACAAAAUCAGCGUUUGAUUCCAAAAUGCAGAAAGCGAGUAAAUCUACAGAUUUCCGGGUGCCGCUAUCAGUCUGCACCAUGUUCAACGUACUGAUGGACGCAAAGAAGCAGUGUUCGAAGCUCUGUGUGCUGGACACUGGGCAGGAGUUUGACAAACAAUGGCAACAGUACCACUCCAAAAUCGAUGUGCUGAUCGACGACGCGCUGAAAGAAAUGAUUGCUUCCCUCGUCGCAAGGUUUGCUGCUGUUUUGGACAGCGUCCUCUCCAAGCUUUCUAGAUACGAUGAAGGCACAUUCUUCUCCUCAAUCCUCUCUUUCACAGUGAAAGCAGCUGCCAAAUAUGUGGAGGUCCCUAAACCGGGCAUGGAUCUGGCCGACACCUACAUCACCUUCGUACGUCAGAACCAGGACAUCCUCCGAGAGCGCAUCCAGGAUGAGCUCUGCAUCGAGAAGGUGUUUGAUCAAUGGUACAUGGGCUCCACUAAGGCUGUGUGUAUUUGGCUAACAGACAGACUAGACCUGCAGCUCCACAUGUACCAGCUGAAAACACUCAUCAAGAUUGUAAAGAAGACCUUCAGGGACUUUAGGCUGCAGGGCGUCCUGGACGGCACGCUUCACAACAAGAGCUAUGAGACCAUCUACAACCGGCUGACGGUAGAGGAAGCCACGGUGGCAGUCAAAGCGGGCGAUGGCCUGCAGGGAAUCAGCAUGAGAGACAGCGACGAGGAGGACGACUGAAUAAACACGUCUUACCUUCCUGUGACAGAUCACUACCUGAGUUUCAUCCUAAAGAGCAGACCAGGACCUUCAUCUGGGUUAACAGCAGGGUUAUUGUGAUACCAGAAAUUUAAACUUUACUAUGAUACGAGUUUAAAUCAAAAACCUGUUUCAAAACCAAGCUAGGUCGGGUAAUUUGUUGUUUUCAGUCACCAAAAAUUGCAGGAAAACUCUUGCACAAUGUCUAAACUGCAUAAAUAUGUUUUGGUAUUGAAAUGCUAUUAACAUAUUUUCGCAACUGAGACAAAGUGCAGGUUUUCUAGAAAUUUUUGAUUGAUUGAUUCCCACCCAAAGCACCUUUCUCAUAUUGUAGAUGGAGUUUAUCGUCCUGAUAGCAAAAAUCUCUCAACAUGAUUUUUUUUUUCUUAGAUGAAAAAGCAAAUCUUUUAAAACACUGCUAAGGUUGGCAGUUUCUCGUCUCCCUCCCCAUCCAAUCAAAAUUAAGGGUGGGACUUUGGAAAUCAGCGUCAACAACAAUGGUGGAGGAGAAACUGGCCGGACUCUUCUUUUUGAGGAGCUGCUAAUCAUAGUGACUCUAGACUUUAAAACGAGUCCGCCAGUGUUGUUGUAGGUCAUUGCCCUGCACAUGCUUAUUGACUGGAGCCAUUAUGCGCAUGUAUUAAAGGAAUAUUUCAGUAUUUUUGAGGUUGGGUUGUAUAAGGUUGACGAUUUUGUUGGCAUUAGCCUCCAGAGAUUCUGGAGAGCAUAUCCUCUUCAAAAUGUGCAUACAGUUUCACCACAUACUUUAACAAGUUUUAGGUGAAAAUGAGACAAAAAACAAGUUGGGCUCAAUUGUUUGGUAUAUUGAAAAUUGUUUAGCCGUUUUUAUUUUUCCCCCAGAAAGCCUCUCUGUUUGGCACUAUUUUGCAAUGUGAGCUACGGCUACAGGCUAUGUGCUCUUCAGCCUCAACGUGUCUGAUCAGCCGUUUGGGUCUGCAGGCCUCAUCUACACAGAGGCACUUCUACAGAUGGAGCUUUGUUAAAUUGAAGGACAGGAGAGAAACUUAACUGGGGACUGGUUAGCAGGAGAGAACCUAACUUACCUGCUGGUAUAGGUGUGGAAAGGGUUAGCCCAUGUCCAUGAGAUCCUCUGUUGUCAUGAGUGGGACUUAGGCCGGCUCAGUCAACACGAAUUCUGCCAGAAUUUGGCCCAACUUUAACAUUACAUCUCAUCGUCAAAUGUCGAGCCUGAUUAUGAGUGUCAGGACCUACAAACGCUCUCAGUGUGUGAUACAAGUGUCCACAAUGCCCCAGGACCACUAUUUAACAAAACUAGCUUGUCAAAAUUUUUCUUGCAUCAUCCUCUUGACACCCUGACCUGACGUGAAUGGCAUAAAUCCUGAUGCCUACCAACUGGAGAGCAUUUGCUCCUCAUGUUUGUAUCAUUAUUUACCAGAAUGACAUUAUACAAGUCCCCACUUUUUCUCCACCCUGGUGUUUAUGUGUAAAUACAGUGAAGCUGUGUGUAUUGGUGAGGUUAACUGGGCUCAUUUUCUUGACAUGUUCUCACAUUUAUACCUCAAGUUCUAUCUGAUGGAGAGUCGUGAGGUUAUCGUCCUCCUCUAUUACAUAGGGACGAGUCCAUAAUUGUUUCUUGUUGUUUUCUUCUAUCAGAGCAAAAGACAGUCAGCGUCAAGUAGAGCACUUCUGUUUCAGCUAUGGGGCAAGAUUUUAGUCACAUAGGCUAACAUGGUAUUGCUGUGAAAGCCGGUCCUAAGUUCCAACUCUUCAAAACAUUUCUGAUUAGGAAUAGUCACUAACGGAUGCCUGCAGCCUGCAUCACUCCCCAUCCAGAGUUCCCUGCCUUGCUGAACACUGCUGUUUUAUGGACCUUUUUAAAUUUUUUGAAAAUAAACUGGAGAAACCGACCCUGACCAGAAGAGCAGAAUGGAAAUUUGUCAUCAGAGUAAGCUUAUGGCAGUAGCUUUACUCUCUAAUGGCUGAUUGUUAGUCAAACUACAGUUGGCACCAUAUGUUUACCUUCUGAAAACAGUGUGUUGGCUGUCGAAGUGGAAAACUGAGCUGAAAAACUAGCUUAAGAUUAGUUUCUUGUUUCCUCUGACAAAGCCUGUAGAACCAAACAACUGAUCAGAUACACUGAGGUGGAAGAGUAGCUGGUAGCCGAAACUUGAAUCGCAAAAUAGUUUCAAAUACAGAGGCUUUCUGAUAGACUUAAAAAAAAUUUGCAUAUGGAGUACAACUGAGCCAGCAUUGUUUUUGGGACCUUAAACCUGGUAAAUUACCUGAAGAACCUACAUCUGUGGGCUGCACGGCAGCGCAGAGGUUAGCGCUGUUGUCCCACAGCAAGAAGAUUGCUGGUUUCACUUCCUGGCCUUUCUGUGCAUGCUGUCCGGCUUCCUUCCACCACCAAAACGUGCUCGUUAGGUUAAUUGGUAAGUCUGUUGUCUGUCUCUAUAGGUCAGCGACCAGUCCAGGGUGUACACCACCUUCUCGCCCAAUGACUGCUGGGAUAGGCUCCAGCCUCCCCGUGACCCCCAACGGGAUAAGCAGUAUAGAGUGGAUGAACCUACAGUACAUCUUUCUGCUACACUGUGAAGCCACUUUAAGGGGCAAUGCUCUCUGAAAUCUCUAGAGGCUAACAGCCAUACUAUCACCAAGUACCUUAUACAACCCAACCCUAAAAUACCAAAAUAUGCCUUUAAGUUUUUAAGCAACUGCAUUGGAAGUUAACAUGGUAUCACUUUUUAAGGAACCCAAAGCAAAGCUAUUAUAAACUUCCAACUCUGACCCAGUUUUGAGAUGAAAAAGUUCAACCUGUUAAUAAUUCAUAUGGAAAUCCCCAUGACUGUUAUUCCAUUAGAGGUUACAUGACGUUAAUCCCAAUGAUGAUCCUGAUCAGUGAGGACGAACACUCCUGUAGUAACCCCCCCUUACCUGACCUGUCCCAUGCUCAUCCCCGGACACUGCUGUAGAUACGAGUGAGAAUGUACUACAAACAGGACGUCGAGGUGAGGCGAGGCUUCUGAAGGACUUUCUCUCCGUGCGGUGCUGAGACAAACCUCGUCCUCCCUCUCUCACCUGCAGGACAGGAAGCCCCGCCCACGCCCUCCUCCACAAGCAGCCAUACUCUGAUUGAUGUCACUUUGUACAGUAGAGCUCAGCGAUGGCCGUCAGUGCAGCUCUUUUUUCUGUUUUGCUGUAGCGUGUUGUUCUAAACCCCGAAGCUCUCUGGCAGCUUGGAGCCUCCAGUAUAAGCAAGGUGAUGUCUUUUUACCUGCAGCAACAGCAGCAAAAUGAUCAGUAGAGGCAAAUUUUUCUGGACAGAAAGCUUGGAAUUGUAAGGUUUCUGUUUUCUUAAUUUGUCAUCAAGGUUGUACCGCCCACUUUUACUGUCAGCAAACAAAUUUAAUUAGAAGUUUGACAUUUUUGGUACGCUAAAACAAACCAAACCUUAAAGUACUGAUGUGUUCAAUAUAAGACCUUGAUAGUGUUUUGAUUUUUAGAUUGAAAUAGAGGGAAGGCAACGAUAUCACUCAACAUGCCUGCUCUGUUCGGCUGAAUGGCAAAACAUUCAGAAAGAUGGCUGCUUUAAAAAUCAAUGGACAAAAAUGGGAGGAAAGCAGACAAAUACCACUUAAAAUAGGGAUAUUUGGACUCAACAGGCACCCAUACUUUUAAUCCAUAUCUGUUUGUAAAAAUUAGGUCUGUAUUCCAAAACUAGAUCAACAUACCCUGGCUUCUUUCCUAAAGGGAUAUUUUGGGAUUAUUGAAGUUGGGUGGCAUGAGGUCCUUGGCUAUAGUAGUGGCAUUAGCCACUACUAUAGCCAAUAUAUGGGAAUGUUUUAUCUGCGUAGUUUAACAAGCUUUACAUAAAGAUAGGCCAAGAAAAAAUGUUGGCUUGCCUGUACGCUUUGUUGAAAAAUAUGCAAAGCACUUCAUUUCUCCCAAAAAAUGGCACUACUUUACGAUGCAGCUUUUGAAAUGUUAUCUCCUUCUGCCUCGGUGUACUGAUCCUCUGAUCAGCUGGGUGGGUCUGUGGACUUCUACAGGGAUAAUAACACCACACCAAGCUAAAACAAAGAUAAUACGAGCAAUUUCAAAUCGAUUGAUGUGCAGUUUACUGUGGAUAUAAGAGAGUAUUUGUUUGAACCAGAGUACACUAAAGACGAACUUAAACAGAUGGAGAGUCAGCGGAAAGAGAGAGCAGAGAAACUUCAUUUGAAAGUUCUGAGCAGGAAGGAUCCCCAGCAUGGGUUCACAUUUUCCACACCUACACCACCAGGUAACUAACCUGACACAGAUGGAUUUGUUUCACACAUCCAUCUGGAAAACCUCCCAUAGAUGGCGCUUGGGAAGAUGGCGUUUGGAGACUGGCAGAACUCUGAGGGUGAAUGGAUGAACGUUCUGUCUGUCACAUCUUUACAGGCCAAUUGGAGAAACAAAACAUGUGGCGUCAUAGCCUCUACCGAGGAGUAAACUCCAUAGAGAGCUGCACAACUCUAACCAUGGCGACUGUAGACAUGUCAGUACACGACUUUUGUCAUUUUUGAAAAGAAACCA